AGAUCUUUAAUCUUUAAUGACUCACGCGUUCGUUCACCUGUUUCAUGUAUUCAUGUAAAUUCUUUUGUUAUUGUGUUAAAUACAGUAAAAAGCGCGUAGAAAUGAUUUAUUUAUAGUUGCAUACGGUAGAAUCUCUACUACAGGGACGAAGUCAUAAUAAUUUUUGUUAGAGUGAUAUUCCAAAGUGUAGAGUUUUUGUUACACAAGUAUUAGGAUCAGUGUAAACUUAAAUUAUGGCAGAAAAAAAGAGCCCAGAAGAAUUACCAGAACACUCCAAACCCAGUGAUACAAUGGAACAAGCUGAAGGCAGUGAUAAGACCAUUCCACCGAAGCCUUUACCUGAUAAAACAGUUCCGAUCCCUGUGGUGUUGCCAGUAGUGACUCCGUCUCCUCGGCUGACCAUCCCGUCGUUCACAAAGACAUCACCCAAUGAGCUGUACCGGAAACUGUUGCCUGCUGUUUUGUUUUUACUGACCUUUGUUACUGUCAUGACUAUUUUAUUAAUUUACAUGGAUACAGUAGCAUUAGGAGCCCAACAAUUUCGUCUAAACAUGUCUCGUGAUUACGAACUGGCUAAAAUACCACAAGAGUCCCCACCCCUGGUUGCAUAUGUGAGACAGCUGCACCUAGCUCCUCGGGCUGCACACAUCCAGCCCAACAUCCCUGAACCCACUCCAAGAGUUCAAAUACUAGACCGUAUUCUUGGACCCGAGGAAAGAGGGACUUUUAUAGAGUUCCUGCCUAAAGGACCGAGGGAUAAUACAACAUUGUUCCUGGAGGCUGUCCGAGGUUGGGAUGGAGUUGUGGUUAGGGCUGCUGCGAGAGAUUAUUUGGCAUUGAGAGGAGCAGCGAGAGCUUUGCAUGCUUGUCUCAGCCCUACCAAUCAUCCUCGUGAGGUGACGUACCAGGAGGCGGAGAGCGGCGGGGCCGCGUUCCGGUCGCGCGUGCUGUGCCUGCCGCUGUACACGGUGCUGCUGGCGGCGGAGGCGGCGCGCGCGCAGCUGCUGCAGCUGGCGGGGGACGCGGCGCUGCCCGCGCUGGCGCACCUGCCCUACCACCUGCCCGACCUGCGCCUGCAGGUGAUUGAAGUAUUUUCAACGGACGUUGCAUAUCGCAACAAAACUUCAGAAUUCUUGUCUACUAAGAACUACACGGUAGCUGCCACCUUCCCCGAUAGCGUAAUGUACUCGCUCAGUCCACCCCGCGAAUGAAGCGCCGUGAAGAUAUCACGAGGUAUUUUAACUAAUGAUUACAAUCCACCGCUAACAUAGUUUACACAAACUCGAUAUGAUAGUUUCACACGCGGGUAGUUUAGUUAGGUGUUUUGUUACACUACUGCCGUUUGUUGGACAUUUAAAGUAGAAUAAUCACUAAGGGAGAUACUUAAUGUACACUCAUACUGAAAUUACACUUAAAAUCUGAGUGAAAUUUGAUGUCAGAUUUACUGCUCUACAAUUUUGUUGUACUGUAUUGCUCUGCUCUAUUCUACCUUCGUGUGAAACAACCAUAUGUCUUUUUUUUAAUAUUGGCCAUGAUUAAAAUUUUUAAUAAAGUUUUUAACAAUUUGAUUUUUUACAUUAAUGUUUGUGAUCGUCCGCCAUUUUGAAUUGGCGGGAAAUUUGUUUAAAUAAUAUUAAGUGUAUUGUCUCGAUUAUUCUCGAAUGUUUUAAUUUUAAUGUAUUUCCAUAUUAAGUGAUAGUAUGAAAAUGUUUUUUUAAUUUGUCCAACGUUUUAUCUCGUAAUUGUAUAAUGGCAUUUCUGAUAUAAAUGAAGAUAUUUUAAUUAAUGAUUUUUGUAUUUUUCAA